GAGAGGUCCUUUGUUCUCCUGAGGCCUCGUUCGGGCGUCGCUUGGACCGGCAAAUGCCAUCGGAUUAAAAACCAUACCACUCGCUUUCCUCCUCGACCGCCUUUCCGCAGAUACCCAAGUACUCCAGCCAACAUCGGUCCGUAUGAACCCGCUCAACGACUUCCCCACCUCUCCUCUCUCGCGCGCAUCCUGGCACGGGUCGUCACGCUUCAGGGAGCAUCUGUCAGUCUCAUUCGUACCCGCCGACAUCGAUGCCCCCAUCGAGCAUUCGCAUUUCUCGCCCGACUCGCGCGCUGGACACCUGCCAGCCUCUUCACAUACCCCUCCCACGACCAGCCGAUUUUCUUUUGGCUCUUCGAGGUCAACGAUGUACAGGUCACCGCCCAUCCAUCCGCGCGACAUUGAGAAGAACCAGUUCCUCGGGCGCGAGAGUCCGCGAUCGACGACCACGUUCCGCGAUCGCUUCACGAAGCUGUUCUUCGACGUCCGAACGCUGAACAGAGAGCCGGAGGUCGACGUGCCCGUGCAACCCCCUGAGAUGAGCCAGUGGCCGCCUCUGCACAUUGAGAAGCGCCCCAUGCGGUGUUCGUGUCCUCGAUGCGAAGACAACCCCGCGCGCAAGUGGCGCCGCAGGGCGAUGGUCAUCAUUCUCGUGGCCUUCCUCCUCUGCGUGCUCGCGAACCUCGUCGUGCUCGACGUGCGCGUGCUCGCACAGCCAAGCACCAAGUCAGGCCCGCAAGCCGUCUCCGCCUCGUCUUCGUCGACGCUGUCCGUCGACGCGCAACAGUGCAUCACGCAGUAUACCCUCAACGCGCCCACGUCGCCCACGACAUAUCCCUGUUCGACGUGUCUCCCGCUGCUGUCCAAUCUUUCGUACAAUUACACGGCCGUGUAUCCCGCCGCGCGCGAUGCCACUCAGUUCUGUGCCCUGCGCGCGCUGUGGGAGGACUCGGACUCGAAUGGGCAGGCUGGGCUGGAGGCGAGCGGAUGGGUCAAGGAUGUCAAAUUUUGUACGUGGGGUGGCGUACAAUGCGACGGUUCUGGAGGAGUUUCCUCUCUCCAACUCACGUUCCCCGCUGUCCCAGCAUCCAUCCCCGCAGAAUUCGGCAACCUCACACAUUUGGAGACGCUGCAGAUCAUCGGCAACAACGUCAUUCCGGGCGGCUCCCCUGCUCAACCCUUUGCCUCUCUCACGAAGCUCUCAUCACUGCACAUUGAGUCCACGGGACUCAGCGCGUUCCCUGACGCGUUCUCAAACCUCACCUCCCUCACCCUCGUCAAGAACGCCCAGCUCCCCUCCCAACUGCCUUCCAAUUUUGCUCAGCUCCCGCUUCAGACCCUUAUCGUGAACAACGAGACGAUCACUCUGACGUCCGACCAGCAGAGCGCGGUGUGUGGCACCCAGCUCGGCGGGAAGCUGCAGACCUGUGAUCUGCGCGGGACGGGCGUGCAGUCGUGCGGGCCGUGUCUGGUAGGAUGAGCGCUGGCCUCUCCCUCUCCCUCCCUCCCUCCCUCUUAUUUUUUUUUACAUAUAUGUAUCUCUUUCGUUCUCCGCCUCCAUUCCGUUCCUCUUACGCUCCGCUCCGUAUCCCCCGCGACGAGGCCGGGCCCGUCGCUCUUUACCCCUCUGCUCACGCGCGUUGCGCACUGUCACUCACUCGUUAUAUACGAACAUCCUCACGUCCCUCCGCUCGUUCUAUCCCGCUGUAGCCACUACGCAUAUUUUGCAUUCGCACGACACGGACGCGCUUUACGAGCCCCCGCGGAUUUUUGUAUCGUGUUAUCUGUUAUAUACCACCGCUCCAUGUAGCAUUACUCUCCAUCGUUCGUACACCGGACAACUCGGACGAUCGUUAUUUCUCGGGCUGCACUUGUGAGCUCCUCAUAGGAUUGCAGGCCGAUCGAGAUGUGUUC